AUGGAACAACAAUAUUUAUUUCUUCAAGCGCAAUGGAUUCUUUGUCACUCUACGGAUCAAUUGAUUCUGGUUGGCUCUCAGUCUCUUGGUCUUGAAGAGGCUGUCGCGCUGUAUGGUGAGCCAGAGCCAUCGCUCGGGCAUGAGAUGGAGCUCAACCCUGUCCCUGACUUUGAUCCCAAGUCAUCCACGUCGCUUGUAACAUGCAGUCUUUGCCUUCGAAACCAAGCCUCAGGCAUGAGCUGGCAACGCUCCGAUUGCCAGCCUGAAGGACAUUUGGCAGACGAGAGCUUCAAUGUAUGCAUGCCAUGUCUGCAGAAUGGCAUGUGGUGUUACGACAAGGACCAUCGACUUGUGAGUUAG